AAACGAAAGCAGCGCUCAGUCUCUCUUUGGGCGGAGGGUGACUUGAUGGUGGUUUAUCUCUGGUUAUAAAGUCCACGUGUUUAGUUAAAACUCUAUGAUGGAGCUGUACAGGUGGAAAAACUGCUCCGCCGAACCAAACCCAGCUCGUUUGUCGUGGAGUAUCAUUAAAGACAUCUCACUCAUCUGUUGUGGUGCGCAGCAUACUUUAUUCCUCACCGGCGAUGGCACAGUGUUGUCCUGCGGACAAAACUCCAAAGGACAACUCGGUCGAAAUAGUCUCGAAGAUCAGACGAAGCCAGGACGUGUGUCAGGUUGUAGAAGAGCGGUGAGCUUGUCCUGCGGUCAGGACCACUGCCUCUUGCUGUCUACAACUGGAGACCUGUACUCCUGGGGGGCAGGUGGUGAUGGACAACUUGGCGUUGGACACAUAACGUCUAUGAUCCAAACACCAAGGUCAAGACACAACAUCAUACUAAUAAUAAGUCUGCUGCAUUUUCCUGUACCAGUAGUCCAAGUAGCGUGUGGAAACUCCCAUUCCUUGGCUUUAACGAAAGCCGGAGACGUGUUUUCAUGGGGCUCCAACAGUCACGGCCAGCUGGGUUUAGGGAGGGAUGUGCCCCUGCAGCCCUUCCCUGCCCUGGUGCCCUCUCUCACAGGGAUACCAGUUACCUUGAUGGCGGCCGGAGGGACCCACAGCCUGUUCAUCGCUCUCUCAGGGCUAGUCUACUGCUGCGGGGCCAACAAACUGGGCCAACUGGGACUCAACAGAGUGGAUGAGAAGGGUAGGUUUAACAUUGUUGCAGUACCAUCCCUCAAACCACUAGAGGUCACCGCUGCAAGCUGUGGCGCAGAACACUCUGUUGUCCUAACACAGGAUGGGAAGGUUUUCACCUUUGGAGAUGGAAGCCACGGUCAGCUGGGCCACUGCUCUGCUGCCGGUGAACUAGUACCCAGAGAGGUCCAGGGCAUCGAUGAACCCGUCUCACAGAUUGCAUGCGGCAGCCACCACACCUUAAUACUGGGCUCAUUGGGACACAUUUGGACCUUUGGCAGCGAGGUUAAAGGUCAAAGUGGGAGUGAUGGUUCAACACCAGCUCUUGUACAACUGCCAUGGGCCACUGAUGGUGCAGCAGCUGUACCUAAUGAGUUGAAAAUAGCUGCUGGAUGGAACACAAACUUCCUCUACUCACCUGCUGAGAGUUUGACAAGGGACUUGACCAUCAGCCGGUUUGAUGAAAAAAAAAUACAAAAGUGGCAGGCAAUGGAAAAAAGCGAUCAUGAGGCUAUAGAGGAAAUACUGUCAACGUUGGUUUCAAGUUCGAGCCUUGUUGCUGCUUUCGCAAAACCCAAUCUGUCUCCAUCGACUACAGGGGAAUUGAUUGCUGAUGUUGAGGCGGCUGCCCAGACUUUUGACCAGCUGCUGAAGAUCCCAUGGAUCAAAGAAAGAAUACAUUUUACCGUUAUUGUCGACCAUCUCCUAAACGCAAGGACUGUGCUAAAGUCCCCUGAUGCACUCCUGGUUCUUCUCACAUGUCCUCUUCUUCAAGAGGACCACAGCAUGAUGGAUGAGGUCAUCCCACUGGCUUUCAUUAUUACUGAGCUAAAUGGAAAGACUUCCGGGUUACUAAGAGGUUGUUGGUCUUCCCUGCCCCCUGCCAUCCUGACCAAUCACAUCGAGGUGUUCAAACGGGCCCUGUCCUUCCUUCUCAUGAAUGGCCUUCUGGAGUCUCAUGACAAUCAGAUCAAAAUCUUGCUGGAGACCCUCAAGAUGCUCUACAAGGCUAAUAAAGCUGGCCGGUCUCUGAAGGUUCCACUGAGUACUUUUUAUGUAGACCAAAUUGAACACUCACAGUACAAUGCUUUUGAGGAUGUGGGCCUUUGGAUUGCAUUCUCACAAAAGGAGGCAAAGGAGAACGCACCAGCCAUCUUCUGCCGGUAUCCAUUUGUGUUAAAUCUCCCUUGCAAGUUGGCGUCCUUUAACAUCCACGCAAAUUAUCUCAAGAAUCAACACCGUCAGGAGUUACAUGUCUCCAUGGUGGAGCCAGAAUUUGAAGUUAGUCUCCGGGGGAACCCUGAAGCGGCGCCAGGGUUCCAGCUCAAACUGAGACGAACACAUCUUGUUGAAGAUACUUUCCGCCACCUGUCUUCAGCCGACCACUCUCUUUUCAAGAGGCAACUCUUGGUGCACUUCAAAGAAGAACUGGAAUUUACCUCCAAAGCAGUCAACCAACAAGACUUCUUCAUCAACGUGUUUGAGGAGCUCAUGGACCCUGGGUCAAAAAUGUUCAUGUAUAAUGAAGGCCAGACACUAGCUUGGUUCCCUGCCCAGGUUGACCCGCCCAGAUUGGAGAAGUACUUCCUGUUUGGAGUUCUAUGUGGCAUUGCCUUGAACAACUACAACAUCAUCAAUCUGCCUUUCCCAUUAGUUCUCUUCAAGAAGCUGGUCAACGUGAAACCAUCCUAUGAAGACAUGAAAGAAUUUGAGCCAGUAGUAGCAAGGAGUUUGAAUUGCAUUUUGGAAGACUACACCUCUGAGGACUUUGAGAAGUUGGACCUCAUCUUCACGGUGGACUGGGAUGGCAGAAAAGUGGAACUUGAUUCAACAGCAAAAGGGAAGCCUGUCUCAUGUUUCAACAAGACUCCAACCCGACCUAAAGGAACUUGGUCCUCUCUCUGGGACUCCAACCCGACCUAAAGGAACUUGGUGCUUUCUCUGGGCCCCCAACCCGACCUAAAGGAACUUGGUCCUUUCUCUGGGACUCCAACCCAGAUUCUAGAACUCCAACCCAGACAGAAAUUGGGUCUCAACCCCUUAUCCUUUCUCUCUGGUAUCAGACUAUGUAUCUUUCUGGUAAAAAUAGAAAAUAAAGUUUAGAAAGUGCGAUGUAUUUAAGAUUUAACAUAAAAGUCUUCAGUCUUGUUUUAAAGGUGGUCAGAGUUGGAGCAAGUCUUAAAUCCUGAGGGGUUUAUUCUAGCUAUUUGUGGCUUAGUAACUAAAUCCUGCUUUCCCAUGUUUCGUGUUUACUCUGGGGAUAAUUAACAGAUUAGUCUCAGAAGUUCUUAGUGGUCUAGAAGGAUUAUGUAGUGGAAGCAUAUCAGUUAAAUAUUUUGGGGGGAUUUAUAGGUUAGCAACAUAAUUUUAAAAUCAAUUCUCGGACCUACAGGAAGCCAAUGUAACGAUUUAAGAAUUGGUGUAAUCUGUUCUCUUUGUUAGAACUCUAGCAGCAGCAUUCUGAACAAGCUCAAGUUUCCUUAGUUUUUUUUGGGAGAACUCUAAGGAGUCCAUUGCAGUAAUCAAGCUUACUAGUGAUAAAGGCAUGUACAAGUUUUUGUAAGUCUUCAGUGGACAUAAGCCCUCUAAUUGCUACAUUUUUAAGGUGAUAAUAUGCAGAUUUUAUUACUGAUUUGAUGUGACCCUCGGAAUGUAAAUCAGAAUCCAUGAUAAACCUUAGAUUUCUGGCUUUGAUUGAGGUUUUCAGGGACUGAGAGUGAAGGUGUUGGGUUACGUUAAGCUUUUCCUUUUUAGCACAAAAUACAAUUUUCUCGGUUUUGUCCUCAUUUAGUUGAUGGAAAAUUCGACACAUCCAGUCUUUCACUUGCUCAAUGCACUGGCACAACAGAUCUAUGGGCCGAUAGUCAUUUGGUGAUAGCGAUACAUAGAUUUGCAUGUCAUCAGCAUAGUCAUGAUGGUCAAUAUUGUUAUUUUGCAUGAUUUGCCCUAGUGUUAGCAUGUCGAUGUUGAAUAAGGAGGGUCCUAAGAAAAAAAAAUGCAUCAUCACUGAUUUAAACUGAGAUACUCGGGUGUUUCGGCUCGAACAUCAGACACCCUGUCUCAGGCGACCCAGUUAAGGUUGAUCAAGCUAGCUCUUCAGCUUUUGCCCUAGCAGCACUCUCCCACAGAUACACUCUAAUGAUCCAGACCUGGAGGCCUUCUCUGCAGCAUCUGUGUUGUUAUAGAAGGCCCUCCUCCCCCUCUCACCUGUGAUGCAGAGUGCACCAUAAGCCCUUAAGAGGGACUGUCCUGCAGAUCGUCUGCCCCCUAUCUAUUAUGGCGGGCAUCUUGCCCCCCAACCUUGUCUUUGGCAGUCGCCCUCCCGCUCAAUGGCCUCUUCCGUGUAGUCUUCCCAUGACAUGGUAAGCCUCAGCACGACAACACUCUUCAUUGCCACUGUCACCAGAACAAUGUGAGGUUUCAGGGUGUUCUUGGCAAUAUGCUGAGUUGCCUGCCUAAGUCCACUGUCAGCUGUUGCAUUGUUGAGAAGCCCUGAUUCUGCUCUCACCUUAUUCUGGAUUAGUUGCCACCGCUCCUUGACCCAAGUCUCGUCAUAAUGGGGGAUAGCUCAGUGCUUUAUCUGGACACUGCUCCCACCACGACUUGAUGGCAUAUCCAUGACUGCCUGUUCAACUGCCACCUCCACAUUCCACGUCCAACUGGUCUUGACUGCUUCCCCUGCAAUGUAGACUUAAGGGUUGCUUGGCUUUCUGAACUGCAGCAUCUCCAUUGCACGCAAGACCCUCAAAUUCCACCUUGGUGGAUUUCAGGGGGAGCCUUAGUUUGCAGGUUUUACCAUAGAGGGCGAUUCAGCAAUGCCACUUCCAAUGGUAUCGGCUGAUGCCUCUUCCCAGGUCUGAAACUGUGGCAGUCGGGACAUCUAGAGGAGCAGUGACCACAUGAUCCUGUUCUGGUAAAUCCAUACCUUGAUUUUUCCAGGAAUGCUUUUUCUGUGAACAUCUUCCAGCCAACCCUCCGGGCCCUAUCUUGCAUCCGGCGCAAGUGACUUAGUCACUGGCGCAUGUGUCGUUGCUAGUUUACAACUGGCGCAGAGCGUUCUUUUCCCACCAGCGCCACUCGCCGGAAAAUUAGGGAUUGAUCAUGCGCCCCAAGGGGCGGUUCGGCGGAAGGAGGAGGCGUGUUCUGGCGCAAACGGUAUUUUGCCGUCUCUGAAUACCAUUGCGCUACUGACCAGGAAAUACCUGGUUUAAAGUCAGUGGCGCGUUGUUCAGAUGCUAUUUUAAGGGCGCAUGCAUGAAUGCGCAUGCGAUGCAUACGGAUUGCUUGUGCACCUCGCGCAUACACUUUGCUUCUCUCAUCUACCUAGCCGCACAUUCUUGGUAAAUUAUUUGGGAAAGAACAGCUGAUGCAGCGGUAAUAAGUUGUACUUUUAAGUCAAUGCAUCUGCAAACACCGUACAGCAAACACAUAUUUUCUUGACACAGACAUCGUGUAGGCCUACAUGCCCAUAACUUUUAGGAUUGAUGAGUAGGCCUAUUUGAUCGUGAAAAACAUUGUUUUACCGCGAGUGAGUGUUAAAAAGAAUGAAUGAAUGCGGGCGCGCGUGUGUGCUCUGUUUAAACACACGCAAACUAAACACUAUCAUCAUCAUCUCAUCUUCGUCCGCUUAUCCGGGGUAGGGUCGCGGGGGGAGCAGCUCAAGCAGGGGGCCCCAGACUUCCCUUUCCCGGGCCACAUUGACCAGCUCUGACGGGGGGAUCCCGAGGCGUUCCCAGGCCAGUGUUGAGAUAUAAUCUCUCCACCUAGUCCUGGGUCUUCCCCGAGGUCUCCUCCCCACUGGACGUGCCUGAAACACCUCCCAAGGAAGGCGCCCAGUGGGCAUCCUUACCAGAUGCCCGAACCACCUCAGCUGACUCCUUUCUAAGUAAAGGAGCAGCGGCUCUAAUCCGAGUUCCUCACGGAUGGCUGAGCUUCUCACCCUAUCCCUAAGGGAGACGCCAGCCACCCUUCUGAGAAAACUCAUCUCGGCCGCUUGUACCCGCGAUCUCGUCCUUUCGGUCAUCACCCAACCCUCAUGACCAUAGGUGAGGAUAGGAACGAAGAUCGACCGGUAGAUCGAGAGCUUUGCCUUGCGGCUCAGCUCUCUUUUCGUAACAACGGUGCAGUAAAGCGAACGCAAUACCGCCCCCGCUGCUCCGAUUCUCCGACCAAUCUCACGCUCCAUAGUUCCCUCACUCGCGAACAAGACCCCGAGGUACUUGAACUCCUUCACUUGGGCAAACUAAACACGUAACGCAUAAUACAAUCAAUGGCAAUGUCUAUUACCGCGGGGACACAUGCAUAUUAGGAUAGCAUACAAUACUCAUAAGAAACAAUGUUUAUAAUGUAUUGCGUACAUCAUUAAAUAGAACCACAGUUACCGCAUAUCAUAAGUUAUAGCCUAUCAUACGUUUUCUUUGCCAAAAUUUAUUUGAGGACUAUUUCUGAAGUUGUGGAAGAAAACCCCUUAUUCCAUGUGUGAAUUAGGCCAUAUUAUUUGGCAAUAAACUAAGCCAUUUGCAGUUUGAAAUUCAUGUGCAUCUGUCUCAUCGGAGACUGCAGACGCACUGUCAAAAUAUCAACUCGUCCGAUUCAAAUGCGCUCAUGGCUCUUAAAGGGGAUGGGAGCUGGCACUCUCAUUGGUUUGUUGCACGUUACGCCCAAACCACACCUACGGGUAAUUAGGCUGCUUCAGACCAACCCUUUUGACACUUGCGCCGCGGCGCAAGCGUCAUUUAUCCGCCUGUAAAAUAGCGAUAGCGCCGUAGAACCGCCCACAAAGCUACUUGCGCUUUGCGCUUCCCACUUGCGUUUCAGACCGUUAAAAUAGGGCCCUCCAUCUCCUCGCAACUGUUCGUAAUAGUCGCUGUAUCCCUGAGGCUGUUGUCCAAGAUCUACCCUAGGCGUCUGAGAGAUUAUAGCGAUUCGUGUUUCUGAGGUGGAAUGCCGAAAUGUAUUCACUUCUCUUUCUUUCUUCAACCUUGAUUUCACUUGCUUGAACGACAUCCCGGCCAAUACCAAAUCGUCUUAACAUAAUUGGUAAACCGGGACAAGGACUUUGCUGAAAGUGUGAAGUUGUGCAUCGACAUGAAAUCAUUUCAUUUCAGUGGCCCUACCACCAUAAUGCCAGGAGCUUUUAUGUACAAUGAAACAUGUAUGGACAACAUUGCUAGUAAGCCAUUGCAGAUACCGAAAUUCACUUAUUAUUGUUAGGCAAGGCAAGGCAACUUUAUUUAUCUAGGACUCUUCAUAUGAGGCAGUCAAAGUGCUUCACAUAGACAAUAAAAUAAAAUUAUAAAAUAAAUAAGUAAAAGAAACCACAGGCAAAGAUAAAAAAUAAAAAGCAUUUUAGAAAGUGCAAUGUAUUUAAGAUUAAUCAGAAAGCUAAAGCAAACAUAAAAGUCUUGUUUUAAGUGGUCAGAGUUUUGCCAGUCUUAUGUCUUGUUUCUACCGAGCGGUACAGCCGAUGCGAUAUGGUGCGGCACGGUUACACUUAAUCUGGCUGGCGUUUCCAACGCUGACACUGCCCUUAUGGUAGGGCGGGGUUUAUACCCGAUUGCGAUAGCCGCGGCAGCUAUGUAAGCAUUGUGACAUCAUAGCAGCGCGACACAGUGUAGCCUGCUAAUAAAUUCAAUGUUUUGUGUUUUCUCUGGGGAUAAAUAAUAGAUUAGUCUCAGAAGAUCUUCGUGGUCUAGAAAGCUUAUGUAGUGGAAGCAUAU